CGCCGUCAAGUUGAAGCUGCUCAGUUCAAGGGCAGUUAGCAUUUAGUCUACCCUGUCCUGUGAGCACUAUCAUGAACAUGCUUUGCAGAGUUGGUCAAAUACGCAGGUGUGCAGCCAGCCUCAGCCAAACUAUAAACCAGGUAGCUGCAGCGAGGCAGAAGCACACGCUGCCUGACCUGACCUACGACUAUGGUGCCCUGGAGCCCCACAUCAAUGCAGAGAUAAUGCAGCUGCACCAUAGCAAGCAUCAUGCCACAUAUGUUAACAACCUCAACAUUACAGAGGAGAAAUAUCAGGAGGCACUGGCAAAGGGAGAUGUGACCGCACAGGUUGUCCUCCAGCCUGCUCUGAAAUUUAAUGGAGGAGGCCAUAUUAACCACACCAUCUUCUGGACAAACCUCUCUCCAAAUGGUGGAGGCGAACCACAGGGGGAGCUAAUGGAGGCCAUCAAGCGGGACUUUGGCUCCUUCCAGAAAAUGAAAGAGAAGAUGUCUGCUGCUACUGUAGCAGUGCAGGGCUCAGGCUGGGGCUGGCUGGGCUAUGACAAGCAGAGUGGAAGGCUUCACAUCGCUGCUUGCGCUAACCAGGAUCCUCUGCAGGGGACAACAGGCCUCAUCCCUCUCCUUGGUAUUGAUGUAUGGGAGCAUGCCUACUAUCUUCAGUACAAAAAUGUGCGGCCGGACUAUGUUAAGGCUAUAUGGAAUGUAAUCAGCUGGGAGAACGUGUCAGAGCGUCUCCAGACCGCCAAAAAGUAGAAUCUAGCCCUCAAACAUCCCCAACAACACCUCAUCUUACCCUGGACCUGGAUCGAAUAGUAGUUGCAAAUAAUUCUUAGUUUUAAACUGCAUGAAUUAUCAGUUGUGAUGUCUUUUGAAUUCACACAUCCAGAUGGUCAGUUGCAUUAAACUUGAUUAAACUAACUGUGAAAUACUUUCUGUAUUGGUGCAGGUUAUAUUGAGUUGAAACAACUUAAAAAAAAAAAAAAAAAAAAAAAAAAAAAAAAUUUGCAAGUGCUUUAAUCUCAGGUCUGCUCUCACCACUCACUUCAAAGCGCACAAAAAAGGUCACCUUUCACAUUAAGGCUGGCUUUUGUUAAUCACACCCAAAUAUCGGCUGCCAUACUAGUUGUCAGAUAACCAGAGUGUAUAUUCAGUGAGUUGUUAUUGUCACAAUAUAAUCAGACAAUGUUGCAGUUCAUGUUUUUGAUGUAUUAUAAUAAAAUUAUAGGAUUUCAGUU